CUGACCACUGUGCGCCUCCUCUCUGCAGCUCACAUUCUCCCUCUCUCUCUUUCUCUCUCUCAUCACCAUGGAUUCCUUUUUUGUAGCACUUUGCAUGACUUUUCUAGUGGCAUCGUUAACCCGCAGGUCAGGUGCGAUCGGGCCGGUCAUCAGAUGCGAGCCGUGCGACAUCAGAGCGCGGCUUUUGUGCAAACCUUUACCCAAGGAUUGCACCGAAAGAGUUCGGGAACCGGGUUGCGGCUGCUGCAUGACCUGCGCCCUGAGCAUCGGUCAGCCCUGCGGAGUUUACACCAGGAGAUGCAGCUCAGGGCUGACCUGUCAGCAUCAGCCAGGUGAAACGAAACCUCUGCAGGCUCUGUUGGAAGGUCGUGGUGUUUGCGUGAACUCAACGAACAGGCAGCCGUCAGUCAGACCUACAUCCACACCGCCGGUCAAUGAAAUGCCAGACUCUAAGGAUAAGGAGGGAAAACCAUCCAGCCGACAUCUCGAAACUUCCUGUAACCCUGCACCUCCUAGGCCUUCGCUUUAUCCCUACUUUGACUCUGCAAAGUCAAAUGCCAUCAGAUGGGAACAACAGAAGGCAACCCAGAACUUUAAGAUGGAGGAUCUCCCAGGACCAACCAUCAAAGACCAACUAAACAUCUCUCUAGAAACCAAACAGGAGUCUGAGUAUGGUCCAUGUCGGAGAGAGAUUGAGCACAUUCUCAGCACCUUGAAAAUCAUUAACAUCCUGAACCCCAGAGGUUUCCGCAUCCCAAACUGUGAUAAGAAAGGCUUCUAUAGGAAAAAACAGUGCCGUCCGUCCAAAGGCAGAAAGCGAGGCAUCUGUUGGUGUGUGGACAAAUACGGGCAGCCUCUGCCAGGGUUUGAUGGGAAGGAUCAAGGAGUCCAGCGCUACAAUUCCGAGAGCCAAUAGGAGUGAAGGAGGCUGGAAAGAGAGGGACGGAGUUUGCGAGUGAUCAAAAAGAACUGUAAACAAAUAGAUACACUAAGGAUAUUGGAGGAGAGGUCAAGAGAUGGCUUUGCUGAUAUAUGGAUGUUUGCUCUUUCUAUCUGUUGCCUGUGGGACCCUUUUUCAUUGAGGCAGAGCAAAAGGGUGCAGAGAAAGUGUACCGAGAGGAAAGUCCUGGAAUUUGUGCUACGCACAGACAAUAAGCUCCUAUUUCUUACUACCACCUGGACAGCUUCUGGAAAAGUUAUAUGCUUUAGAAUUAAUUUCAAAUGCCUUAAACCGAUCAGGAAACACACAUACAAAAGAAGCACACCAGAAGAAGAAUGGCGAUGUUUUAGCUCUUCGUUUUACGCACAAUUCUGUGGCAUCGCAUAAGUGUACAUACAUUUUGUUUUGUAAUCAUUAUUUGUAUGCUUGUAAUUUUGAAAAACCUUAUAUGUGGAUAAGGUGAGCAUAAAAUGUCUGUAUGUAUGAAUUUGCUGUUCAAUGUAAUCAUGCAGUGCCUUACUAUAAAUGCCUAUUUGUAUUACUUUCAUUGUUUUUAGUUGAUUACAAUGACCUUGUGCAGCUCAAACACCACCAUGCAUUGCUAUGCUGGAUCUUAAGCCACAGAUAGAAAAACUAUUUUUUAUGUCAACUGUGACUAUCACUUCUAUUAUUGACGUUGUGUGCAAAACUCAAAUACUUGAGAUUAAGGCCUCUGCCAUGAUCAAUUUCUCUAAAAGCCACAGGUUUUGUUUUAUGCUUUUCCUAGCAAAAGUAUUUUUGCAUGUACAGUACAGCAACUGAAAUCUAUUUUUACUUAAUA